CUAGCGAUAAUAACAGAACUGGGCUCCUCCACCGAUCCGGACGGCGCGAACGUAGCCCGGGUGAAGUUCACGGUGCGGCAUGCCGGCCAGUACCGCAUCUCGGUGAUGGUGGGCGAGCAGCACGUCGCAGGCAGCCCAUUUGCGACAGUGUUCGUCGCAGGGCCGGCCUACGCCCAGCGGACCGUCGUCCUCCGGCACUGCAGCACUGUCGUGUGUACGGCCAACGUGGCGCAUCUGCUCUACGUCGAGCCCAGGGACGAGUACAGCAACGUGUGCCGCUAUAAUGCGGGAGACGACCCUAUCGAGGGUUAUGUUGUGAAUAUCUCCCAACUGGGCACGAACUCGCAAGAAUCGAACUUGGACAAUGACAGGGACGAUUUCACAACCAACCUCGAUUACGAUUGGGAAAGCCAAAGAGUUAGCGUUCAGUUGAAGUUCGUUCAAGAAGGAUGCUACCACGCCACCAUUUAUUACCGUGGCACCGAACUACACAAUGGAGAUUUUGAUAUAAUCGUCUUGAACAGUAUUGAUUCCACUCUAGUCCAUAAAAACGUGGCUUCGAAAAACCACAACAUUUGUUACGAUGCCAAAUUAGUAGGCGUCAACGGAGAAAGGAUCUCUAAACCGAAAAAAGUUUUGUGCUACGUUUCGCCGAAACAAUUGAUAAUCAAAGAGCUCAUCUUGAAGUUCAUACCAAAGAGGCUGUUUACUUUUAGGCUUUGUCCGUCGACCAAGUUCAGUUUUCAAGCUCACUCGUUAAAGUCCAAUGAAAACUAUUCAAACGCUUUUACCAUCGAUGAUGGUUGCCAGCCGAAGAUCGAACUCGUGUCAAGAGAACGAAAUGUCGUCGCCGCCACAUUUGCUCAGUUUCUGCUGAAAAACAUGGGCGGUUCUGAAACUUUCAAAGACAAGCAGGAUUUCUUUUAUCACGAAGUGAGGAAGUUCCACCAGAAGCACUACCACGAGAAGCUCUCGAUGAAAGUCAACAGGGAGAAGCUUCUGGAUUCGAGCAUGAAGGCGACCAAAAACUUCUCCGUUUCUGACUGGUGCAGGAAUUUCGAGGUCACUUUCCAGGGAGAGCAGGGUAUAGAUUGGGGCGGUUUACGGAGAGAGUGGUUCGAACUGAUUUGCGCCCAAUUAUUUGACGCCAAACAUGGACUGUUCACGAGUUUUCACGAAGGACAACAAUCGUUGGUUCAUCCGAACCCGGAUAGGCCGCAGCACCUGAAGCUGAGACAUUACGAGUUCGCCGGAAAAGUCGUCGGAAAGUGCCUAUACGAGAGCGCUCUUGGAGGUAGUUAUCGCCAGUUGGUAAGAGCGAGGUUCACCAGAUCGUUUCUGGCCCAAGUUAUUGGUCUUCGUGUACAUUACAAAUACUUUGAACAAGACGAUCCGGAUCUGUAUCUCUCCAAAAUUAAGUAUCUCUUGGACAAUAACAUUGACGACAUCGAAACCGAGUUGUAUUUCGUCGAGGAACAGUAUGAUUCGAGCGGUCAACUUGUCAGGGCGGUGGAACUAGUACCAAACGGAGCGAAGAUGAAGGUUCAGAACAGCACUAAGUUGCAGUACCUGGACGCGUUAGCACAGUACAAACUCGCGACCAGCAUCAAGGAUGAAAUGGAGGCUUUUCUCAGAGGAUUGAACGAGCUCAUCCCGGAUAAUCUGUUGAGCAUUUUCGACGAGAAUGAACUGGAAGCGUUUCAGUUGCUUUUGUGCGGUACCGGCCGUUAUAGCAUCGCCGACUUCAAAGCGCACCACGUCGUCAACGGCAAUUCGCCCGAGUUUCGACGCAUCGUCGGCUGGUUCUGGGCGGCGGUCGCUAACUUCACGCAGGAAGAGAUGGCACGACUGUUGCAGUUCACGACGGGGUGCUCCCAGCUGCCUUCAGGGGGAUUCCGGGAGCUCUCGCCCCGCUUCCAAAUCACCGCCGCGCCUACGUUUGGCAAUCUUCCGACGGCGCACACUUGUUUCAAUCAGCUCUGCUUACCGGACUAUGACUGCUACGAGCAUUUCGAGAAGUCCCUUUUGCUGGCUAUCAGCGAAGGCACCGAAGGUUUCGGAAUGGUUUGACGACCUAGACUGUGAUUACAUUUUCAGUAUUUCUCAUUCAUUUCCAGAACAACUAAUUUAAUAGAUAUUCAACCAUUUCAGUAGGUAUUUACUCUCAAUCGUUUUUGUAUAUUUUGUAAGAAGCUUAGUGCUAAGUUAGUUGUAGGCAGGCCUGUCUGAUAUUUUAAUUUUACUAUAGCCAGUGGCGAAAGUUAACUUUACGUUCUGUUAAGGAUAAUACUCAUUUUAAUAUUUUUCUAUUACUUCAAUGAAUACAUUUGAAACAAUUUUGAAAGAUAUUUAUUCUUCGAACUACCGUAUACUAUUAUAAUUUCAAUGACAAUAAUAAUAGUAAUAAACUGAAUUUCCUUUCAAGACGAUAUAUAAAAUUAUGUAGGGAACUUCAAAAGGCAAUUUGAAAUAGAAUAAUAAUACAUAUACAAGACACAGAUGAGUAAAAACACAUACACACACAGUGUAUGAAGUCAUUGUGUAACGAAUUUUGGUCGGCAUAGAGUGACAGUUGAGUACAAAAAAUGUUUUCUUUUAUUUCUUGAAGUUUUGAACGUUAGCAGCAUUUUUUAUAUUUACACUCUGUUGAAUAUUUCUGAACUCUGAAACAGCAAUUUUUUUCGAAUAAUUUUUUAUAGUCACUAACAAAAAUAAAAGUAGGUAAUCACCAUUCAACUAUUUAUAAAAUUGAUAACCUCUCUUUAAUGAACAAAACAUAAAUACAUAAAAUAUAUGAAGCUGAAUGGAAAUCUGUCAGGAAGUAAAUAUAAAGGAGAUUUAUCAUAUGUAGACAUUCCAUAUCCUUGAGAGGGGUAUAAUAGAAAUCUGUUAUCUCCAUAAUGCGCACAAUUUUGCACCGGUUUUUUUGCUAGUGUUACGUAGCUCCUCCAACAUAUCAGACAGGCUUCAUAUUACGUUGAUAAAGUAAUCUCAGUCUGAUAAUUUAUUUGUAAUUUAUUGUUACACAAUACUACGAAAUAUUAAAGCUGUUUUUUCGUAUAUAUCAAAA